GCAGCAGCAUCAGCACCACUCUGAUUCUCCGUGUCUCCAAACACGUGUGAUUGAUCGGGAUCAAUCUCACCGAUCACGAUGACGUCAUCACAGCCGUGACUUCGUGGAUGUUUCUUGUUUUUCGUGGUGUGUUUUUUUAUAUGUUUCUAUUUUCCACGGUGUGUGGUGAUGAUUUUUCUCUUCACGCGCUCAUCGCUCUGUGGAAUGAACCGUCUUUUCUCUCGUGGGUCGUUUCCACGCCAGCAUGGGAACUGCCGUGUCCAAAAGGAAGAACCUGAGGAGUGACGCCAUCUCGUCCGUGGCCGCAAAAGUUCGAGCGGCCAGAGCCUUCGGAGAAUAUUUGUCCAACGCCAACACGGAGAACCGCAACGGAGCAGAUCAUUUAUUGUCCGACACCUUCGCUGCUCAAGACUGCGAGUCUCCAGACGUUGGCCAGCGUUUGCACAACAACAACCUGCCUCCUCAGAGCCGCUGUUUGCCUGUAGCAAAACCCGUCCGCUCGGUCCAGUCCACUCCUGGAGCUCCUGCCCUGUCUCGGUCUCAGCCUCUGGUCAGCAGCAGCUGCAGCCUGCAGCCUCUGGCGCCUGCGGCCGCCUCCAAACGUCAACUCUCCGUGGAGCGAAGCCUCUCCGCAGAGGAACCGUCGCGUUCUAGGAGCCAGGAGGGCAGUGUGGCACUGAAGCCCGCCAGGGUUUACACCAUCAGCAGGGAAGGAGGGAUGACGCUGGGGAGCCGCAGCAGUGUGGAGAGCCUGGAGUUGGAGGUGAUAAAGACCUCCAGGGACCAGAAUCCCUCCCAGGCCACCAACCCUAACAACAACCCAUCCUGCACCAGCCAACCGUCCGCCUUGGCCCCCCGCAGCAGUCACCACCGCAGCGGCCACCAUCGCAGCAACCACCACCACCACGUCCCCCAGCACCAUGGAGGACUGGCGUCCACGUCUCAACCGCUGCAGAGCUCGGGGGACGGCAACAACGCCCGAGACUGGGGGCUGAGACGAGCGGCGUCCAAGGACGACACCGCGGACUGCGUGGCCUGCAUCCGAGCGCCAUGUCAGAGCCAGCGCUCACUGGACCUGGACACGUCCCCGAGGGACGGAGACAAGCAGCGCAAGAAGCUGGAGAGGAUGUACAGCGAGGACAGAACGUCGACUGAAGACAGAGAGGAUGCAGCAAACAGCUGGUUCCCCAAAGAGAACAUGUUCAGCUUUCAGACCGCCACCACCACCAUGCAGGCAAUAUCGGCUUUCCGAGGCAUUGCUGAAAGAAAGAGACGGAAAAGAGAGCAGGAGGCAGCCACCGUGAUGGAGAGAAACUUCCGGAAGCACCUGAGGAUGGUGGGCAGCCGCAGGAUGAAGGUGCAGACCUUUGCCGAGCGCCGAGCCAAGAGUUUCAGCCGCUCGUGGAGCGACCCGACGCCGGUGAAGACCGAGUCCCUGCACGACUCCAGAGACAGUGCUGAUCUUCAGACGUCCACAGGGACGCUGUACGAAGGCCCGGACGAGGAUGUGGAGUGGGAGGACGAGCGGGAGGCGGAGAGAGCUGCGUGCGAGGGGGAUGACUUUGUCCCUCCUAAAAUCAUGCUUAUUUCCUCCAAAGUCCCGAAGGCAGAAUACGUUCCGAACAUCAUCCGCAGGAACGAUCCGUCCAUCAUUCCCAUUCUUUAUGACCAUGAACACGCCACGUUUGACGACAUCCUCGGAGAGAUAGAGAAGAAACUGAUCGCGUACAGAAAAGGUUGUAAAAUCUGGAACAUGUUGAUUUUCUGUCAGGGAGGUCCAGGACAUUUGUACCUGCUGAAGAACAAAGUGGCCACUUUUGCCAAAGUGGAGAAAGAAGAAGACAUGAUCCAGUUCUGGCGCCGGCUCAGCAGACUGAUGAGUAAACUGAACCCGGAGCCGAACCUGAUCCACAUCAUGGGCUGCUAUGUGCUGGGCAGCGCUAACGGAGAAAAGCUGAUCCAGACUCUGAAGAGGCUGAUGAGACCUUCAUCGGUCGAAUUCAAGUCCCCACUCGAGCUGUCUGCACAGGGUAAAGAGAUGAUCGAGACGUACUUUGACUUCCGUCUUUUCCGUCUGUGGAAAAGUCGUCAGCACUCGAAGCUCCUGGACUACGACGACCUCUUGUGACCUUGCUCGCCGUCCUUUCUCGGCCGGUUUUCUCACGUCUGAUGAGCCUACUGCCGUUGUCACGAUGACGACGAGGCGCUUGGUUCAAGAGCCGCGACUCUGAGGGGCGGAGCUUGGAGCAGCAGCGGCCAGCAGUGAUUGGCUGUGACGCGCCGCUCCUGUAGUUUCUGCCCGUGGUCUAAACUCUUUCUCCCUCUUGUCUAUUUCCACUUUCUGCCUGACUGAAAGAGAAGGGACAAGAAACAAGCAGCGGAAGAAGCGAAAAAACUCGUUAACCCUGACGCGAACCAGAGUUAGAGUUCAGAGACGAAGUUUUCGUUUGACACGAGGAGUGAUGAUGAUGAUGAAGGUGUUUAUUGAUUUCAGAUUUGCCUUGAGCGACUUUCUCUGCUCUUAACAAGUGUUUUCUGUCGCGUUGUGAAAGGAAUUAGAGCUUAUAUGUAAAUAAACAUGUGGAGAUUUAGAUUUUUCAAAUUAGUGCAUUUAAAAACCUCUAAAUAACCAUGUUAGCGUUUUAUUUUACUUCGUGUGAACUCAGGUGAAAUCCCAUGUUUAAUACUAAGAUACUGUAGAAUCAGAAUCCACGCGGUGGGACGUUGUCAGGGAUUUCGUGUGUGUGUACUGUAGCUGAACACACACACAUUUACAGGAUCCGUGCAUGUUUCCUUACAUCGUGCGUGUGUUUGUGUCCAUACAUUAGAAACGACAUAAUAACAUAAUAUAACAUACAGACAGUUUUAUGGAUAAGAUUAAACUCAGUUUACUCUCGUGUUUUCGAGUAAAUUAGAAUUCUUUAUAGCUUGAAUUUUUCAGAGUAGCAGUGGACUUGUAGAGGACAGUGGUUUUUGAUGAUAUUCUCUUUAAAACCGUGACUAUUUAACGCUUUUAUUAAUAGUAAUAAUAAAAAUCAUAAUAGAGUUUAUUUCUUACCAAAGUGCUUAGUGAGAGAAUUAAAGUGCAAAUGAAGUUGUGUUCGGUGUUUAACGCUAAUGCAACAUUGAAAUACUGAGAACUAAAUAAAAUGAAGUAUUAUUUAUUAAACUCAUUGAGAUGAAUAAUAAUAAAAACAUACACAAUAUGUAUAAUAUAUAAGUAUAAUACACUCACAACAUAUAUGUCAAUCUUUUUAUCCAUUAAUAUACAUUUCUAUUACACAAGUACAUUUAGAUUUGAUUUGAUGAUGUGAAAUAAUGUGAAUAAAAUGACUUUUAUGACACAGAUAUUUAGAGUGUUAGUUUUGAUCUUCCAUAAAAGGGGGUGAAUUGCAAAAGUCAAUCAUAAAAAACACUUUUAAACACAAGGUAAUCAUUAAAUCAGACUUUAGUUUUUAUUAUUUUAUUUGUCAAAGGUAAUUCUAAAAAAAGCGUUGUUUUUCUGAACAGCAACAAAAUCCUUUCAGUUCUGUAGCUGCUACAAACAUUUACAUGAAGAGAAAAUGUCAUUAAACCUGCUGCUGUUUUAGUUUUUCACGUCAGUGCAGAGUCAGAGAGUGAGACUGACAUAUUUUCAGCUUGUGCUGAGGCUGUAAUGUUCUCUGUUUUAUAUAAAUAUGAAUCGUGCAGUGUCAGCAGAAGGUAAAGCUCAGUGUGUGUGUGUGUGUGUGUGUGUGUUAACUUCCCUCAGCACAGUGUCAGCGUCCUCAAGUUUAAGGAGAAUCCACCAAAAUUAAGAAACUCUGUUCAGGAAGAAGAUUCAGGGAUUGAUUUUUUUUAGUUUUAGUACAAAAACAACAUCACCUCAUUUAUUUGUCUGUGUUUUAUUUAAUGUUUCCUGUUGCAGUGACGGCUGAAGAGGAAAUUUAAUUUAAAUAAUUUGGACGACAUCGUUAUUAAUUAAAUAUAAAACUUCAAUUUGCGGCAGAUAUAAAAUCAGCUCAACUUUGAGACAUCACAUUGUUCGAUUAUUGUAUGUUAUUUAUAUUUAAAUCAAUCAAAAAUUAUUCGGCACUCUGCAUCAAUGAAUAAAAACUGUACUCUCAGCACCUUAUGGACAAAAACGUCCUAUCCUUUCAAACUGCUAUAGACUUUUUCACUUUAAAAUAAUUAUUAGUAUUUACAUUUGUACCAUCGUCAGUCCUGAUCAUAAUACAUAGAAUUCUUGACUCAAUGUUCAAAUGUCAGUUGGAUGAAACAAAUUAUAAAUGGACCAUUUUUUGUACUUAAUGUUCUAAGAGUUAGAAUGUUACAUAAAGACAGUUUUAAAUAAUACAAGAAAAAAGACAAACUGUUGGCAAAUUUCCUGCCAUUUACAUUAACAUAGACAAAACAAACAAUUUAAAGCUGAUUUUAUUGUUAUAUUUACAGAUUCAUUUAUAUUCAAACGUUUAGAGAUUUAUUGAUAAUAUAAAAUAAUUUGUAUGUGUAAAUUGAGGAAAUUUAAAACAAUGUGUCAUUACAUGUUUUAUAACUUUAUAUCCCUGUACAUGUGUGUGACUCAUAUCUUACAUUGUUGUUACUUAAGUCACUCGAGCUUAAAGAACUUAAUAUAUAUAUAUAUGUAUGGACAUAUAUAUAUAUAUAUGGAUUGCAGAAGAGGAGCUGUGGCGCUGCGAAGCCCUUUAAGUAGAUGAAGAAAUGAGCGAUUGUUGACUCUCCUCAGCUCGACAAUGACUCUGCCUUCUGCAUUAUUUACAUGUUUAUAAUAAUAAAAUGUGUGUGUGUUUAUCACAGUAAAUGAGGUUUUUUAUGUCUGUGCUAAAAUUCACGAUGAAUCAUUUACAUCAUUCUGCUGUGACCUAGAGUAGCACGUGUUCAAAUUAUGUCUGAUAAUCUGUUGUAAAUGUGGUGGAUUAUCAUCACAACACGAAGCCACGGAACUCUGGGUUUGUCCGUGGGUUAAAGGUGCAGUGGGUAAGAAUUAGCAACAUCUAAUGGUGACACUGCAGAAUGCAACAACAGAGGAUGGAAACAAUCUUUCACAACUCGGCUUAUUUGUUGGUUUAUGUCGUAGACAAAAAUGGACACAGUUUUCUGGCUACCAGGGGGAGACUUUGCUGAGUGCAAAAUGAAAAAUUCGUAAAAUUAGUUCGAUUUCUAAUGUCAGUAGACAUUUUCCUGUGCAGUUAAUGGUUUUAAAUUCUGCUCUUCUUCAAUAAAAACACAAGUCAGUUUUAUAAAUUAUGUUCAAAUUUAGAUGAAAAUACACGUGAGUGGACACCAGUUUGAUUGACAGCUGGUUACGUCCAAUAACUGUACAUUUAUACUUGACCUGGCACCAUUUCAUUUUUGGGGGCGGAGCUUUUCAUUUUGUUGUUUCAGAAUUACGUUGUAAAAGACAAAACUCUUUAUUUGUCCUGUCCUCACUUUCAGAAGCUUUCAGAAAACACACUUUAAAAAGGGGGAGGGGUUUUUGAGUCAGCUGCAAUCUGCACCCUCACCAUUAGAUGUCACUAAAUCCUUCACAUUGAAUCUUUAAUGACCUAAAAAAAAGGUAUUUUCUGUGUAUUAGUUUGAAAUGAUGAUCUGUUUUAAAAUUUCUACGACUAAAUAAUAGAUCCUGUUUGAAUAAGAAACAGUUUUUCCUUACGUUUCAUCGUUGGAUUUGCCGUUUAAUGUAAUUUUGAAUCAGUUUAAACUUUAGAUUUUUCUGCAUUAACUCACUCAGUAAAACUUUAGAGUCAGAAAUACCUCUGUUAUUACGUAUUCAUGUCUGUUUGUACGUGAUAUUUCUGUUUUUUUCACUGGCUACAUUUGUGCUGCUGUUAUUGUUAUUUUUCACUUUGCUGCUGCAGAUAUUUCUGUAUUUUAUUCAGUCUCUUCUCGUGUCAGCAGCUCCUGUCUUUUCCUGCUGAAGGUCUUGUGAGUUUACAGUGUCAGAUGUUAAUAUCAGAGAAUUCUUGAACCUCACGACCUUCACUGUCUGAGUUCACUUUGACUUAAAAAUGUGUAAAUUCAUGCUCCUCUGUAGCAAUAUUCAAUAGAGUUUGAGUAUUUGAGUAUGUGACGGUGUGAGGGUUAGUUUUUAUUGAUGGUUGCUUCACAGAACCCUGGAUGAUUGACAGGAACAAAGAGAAACAUGGAAGAGUGAAGCGUGAAGAGCUCGGUCUCUGCUUCCUCGUCCUCUGCUCAGUGAUUUGACGUUAUGUCCAUACUUCAUUACACAAACCUGCCCACGUGUCCUCAGAGCUCAGUCUCAGGUCAAUAAUCUGUAAUCCUGAGUUACACUCACACACACUGUAAGAAAACAGAGACGCCAGAUCAUGACUCAGCAGAUUCUCUGUUUAGCUGACGCGGUCAAACACAACAACAAAUCUCAUAACAACAAAUACAAACAAAACAACUGAGCUUUUCUGUAAAAGAAUAACAGCCUGUGAUGUGUCAACAGCAAAAACUUUUAUUUCAUAUUUAUUUUAUGUCACUUUGAAUAAAAACUACACUCUCAGCACCUUAAGGACAAAAAUGUCCCAUCAUUUCAAAUAAAGACAGGAGUCAUUUUCCACUGUCAAUUAAUUAUUAGUAUUUUUAUUUUAUCAGUAAUUUGUUGAAUAAUUGGGAUUUUUUUCGAAAGAUAUAACAAGAUAUUUUUCCUUUUGUUAAAUGUAGAAAAUCAAGGUCAAUGAAAGUACAUUGUACGGUUUGUUGCCCAUAAUAAGAAGACCAAGCCGUAUGAUCGUACUUUUUCCAGAACUGUACUAAGGCCUUCACUGUUGCAGGCCUUCACUGAUUGGUCAAAUUUCCCAGUAUUGCAGUUUCAGAAGUUUACAAAUAUAGUUCUUUGCUCCAUAAAAGGGUUAAAUCUGUGAGCUGAGGAAGAAGCAGGAGACCUCGACAAACACCACGUGUCUGAUCCUGAGCAGACGACGUUUAGGUUUCCUGAGAUCGAUGAAAUCAACAGAUUGAUCUUUGAGCGUUUCGGUGUUUUCUCAGUGGAGAUUUAGUCUCAGCUCAGUGGGGACGGUGCUGCUUUGAUUAUCAUCCUGACGUCUCCAGUGGUUUCUGUGAUGAGAGGAAAAACACAGGUAUUAUGUAACGACAAACUGAGUUUCCUGAUGAAAAUCUCUGUUAUCAUAGCAAAUAAAGUGACAGAAAGUCUUCUGUAUCUGAGUAGCUUUGAUGAGAGUUGAUCUGAGUUCUUCCUCAUAGAAUAAAGAUGAUUCUUUAAACCUGAGACGUGACGAUGGUGUUUCUGAACUCACUAUUGUGACUUUAUCGCACAAUGUUGUUCUUAAUUUGUGGGGAAAAAUUAUUGUUUUUGAAUAAUUUUUUCUUAGUAAACUUUUAGUUCAACACAAA